CAAACCACCAAAGGAAACAAAAAAAAGAAGCAGCCUUUUCACCAAAAAAAUGGGUAUCUUGAGAAGUUCCAGUUGGAGGCCAAACUUUCUAAACUGCUUCAAGCCCAAAGAUCCAAAUAAUCCAGAUUCCACAAAGAGCAAGAAGAAUGGUGCUUCAUCUUCUUCAAACAGGAUCUCACUCUUGGAUUGGAGUGGCCCACAAUCACAGCUCUCAGUGAUGAGUGACCUCUCAAACCCUGUCUUCAACCUCCACAUCUUCACCAUGAAAGAGCUCCAGAAGGUCACAGCCAAUUUCUCCAGGAGCAAUUACCUUGGGGAAGGUGGGUUUGGUACAGUUUUCAAAGGGUUUGUUGAUCCCAAGCUCAGGCCAGGCUUGAAAGCUCAACCUGUUGCUGUCAAAGUCCUGGACUUGGAUGGCUCCCAGGGUCAUAGGGAAUGGUUGGCAGAGGUGAUCUUUCUUGGACAGUUGAAGCACGACCACCUCGUGAACUUGAUCGGAUACUGCUGCGAGAAUGAACAGAGGCUUCUGGUCUAUGAAUACAUGGAGCGCGGCAAUCUUGAGCAUCUCCUUUUCAGAAGUAAAAGCCCCAAUUCAAAUCCUCUGCCGUGGCUAACAAGGCUGAAAAUCGCACUUGGGGCAGCAAAAGGGCUGGCUUUCCUCCACGAGGAGCAGAAGCCGGUCAUUUACCGCGACUUCAAGACUUCCAAUAUCUUGUUGGACUCGGAGUACAAUGCAAAGCUUUCGGAUUUUGGGCUGGCGACAGAUGGGCCAGAAGGGGAUGAAACCCAUGUUACAGCUCAAGUGAUGGGGACUGAAGGCUAUGCUGCUCCUGAAUAUAUAUCAACCGGUCAUUUGACAACAAUGAGCGAUGUGUUCAGCUUCGGAGUGGUGCUAUUGGAGCUUCUAACGGGCCGUAGAUCAGUGGACAAGAACCUGCCACCUAGAGAACAAGUGCUUAUAAAAUGGGCAAGGCCAUUCCUAAAGGACACUCAAAGACUUGACCAAAUAAUGGACCCAAGGCUCGAAGGCCAAUACUCAAUUGAAGGUGCCAAGAAGGCUGCAGCUUUGGCUCACCAAUGCCUUAGCCACCAGGCCAAAUGCAGACCCACAAUGACCAAAGUGGUCAAGACCUUGGAGGGCUUGCUAGAGCUCAAUGACAUCUCAAUUGGGUUCUUUGUGUACAUUGUGCCAAGUGAAGGCACAAAAGAGAAAGGUGUUGUGAUGAAGUGUUUGGAAGAGAAGAAUUGUGAUGAGCAUAAGAAUGGUGGUGAGGGUGAAUUUAAGGUGGAAGGUAGGAGGAGGAAGAGGUCAAGCAAAUCAAAGAAGGGUAGAAGUAGUAGUAGUAAAACUGUUCAUUCUGAUACAGAUUUGUAUAGAAGGUUGGGGACUAGUUUGUAUUCUCCUAAAAAUUAAGGGGGCAAAUUAGGAGUACCCACAAAAAAAAAAAGUUAGAUAGGUCUUUUUUCCUUCUUUCUCCUAAGUUUUGUUUAUUUUACGAGGUCAUUCGCUAAAGUAU